UAAGUAAUGUCAGAUUUGAGCUGUCAUUUCUGUCAAAUUAAAGCUAAUCCUAAAAAACUCGAAAAAAAAUAGCAAAUAACAAUGAUAAAAUGGAGAUAUUGUUGAGAUUUGUACCAACAAAUCCCUUAAGAUUAACGGCAUCUAGAAUAUUAUUAACUCAUGUAGCUCAUUAUACAAGAUUGGCCGAAGUAGGAAAACUAGAAUCGCCAAAAACAUCUGGUAAAUAUGACACUGGACAACUUAUUUUACACAAAGUCUUUGGAUACAGAGGAGUAAUACUCUUCCCGUGGCUAGCUCGAGUUUAUGACAGAGAUGCCACUAACAAGAAGGAAAAUACAGAUUCUUCAAGUACUGGUGACGCACCUAGUGAUUCUCUGUCUAACGUGAGCAAAGAAGUCAAGGGCAGAACCCAUACUUUUUAUCAAGUCCUUAUAGAUACCAGAGAUGCCCCUUACAUAACCGUGCAAUCAACCGACAUGCGACCCGAGUGGAAGAAGAAGAGAGCUCAAACAGAAGCGGUGACCUUUCUUGGCAACCAGGAGUCCAGCAGGAGUUUGUACGCUAUCCCGGGGCUGGACUACGUGGCUCACGACGACAUCAUCCCCUACACCUCGGUGGAGAGGGUGCCGCUGCAGCAUGAGCUCUUCGACAAGUUUCUUAUGCAUAAUCCUGAUAAAGAUCCACCAUUUAUAGCUCAAGAGACACUGCGCGCGUGGCAGAAAAAGAAUCACCCAUGGUUGGAAUUGAGCGACGUUCACCGCGAGACCACAGAGGGCGUUAGGGUGACCGUCAUACCAUUUUACAUGGGCAGUCGGGAGUCGCAAAAUUCCGCCGUAUAUUGGUGGCGCUACUGCAUCCGCCUCGAGAACCUGGGCCCCCAGGCGGUACAGCUGCGCGAACGCCACUGGCGGAUCUUCUCGCUGAGCGGCACGCUGGAGACCGUGCGCGGGCGCGGCGUGGUGGGGCAGGAGCCCGUGCUGGCGCGGCACUCGCCCGCCUUCCAGUACAGCAGCCACGUCAGCUUGCAGGCUCCCAGCGGGCACAUGUGGGGCACAUUCCGCAUGGAGCGCGAGGACGGCUACACAUUCGACUGCCGCAUCCCGCCCUUCUCGCUCGAGAGCAAACCCGACGAGGGCGCGCCGGUGGCGCCCUCGUCCGCCGCGUGAUCUCGCUGCCGAACUACUAUCUGUCAAGAAAUGGUUGACGAGAACACAAUGUAGCAAAGAUAUUUAAUUCUCAUGACAUUACAUUUUUCAAUCACGUGCAAGUUCUUUUACGGAGUCACGAAAGAAAAUAAAAGAAAUAUAAUAAUGGAAGAAAAAUAAAUAGUAGGUACAAUUUUUUUUUAAAUGCAGCCCGUUUUUCUAUUUGAUAUUGAAUAAAGAAUUA